AUUUUCCUCACAUUCGAGUAUUUAAAUCAAAAUUUUAUACUUUCAAAUUUCUUUGAACGAAAUUUAAAUUUGUUAAAAAUUCAAUUGGAAUAAGUUUUUUAAAUAAAAUUUUUACAAAAUAAAAACACUCGAUACAUGGGCUUCAGCUAUCAGGUGAAAAGUGUAAAAAAAAAAAGCAUCAUUUUGGAUAAACAAGAAAAUCUGGAAAUACAACAAAAUUCCUCUAGAUAUCGACAAAGUAAACGAACUAUAACCAAGGAAAGAGUUUAUGGGUUAAAAGGAGAACAAGGCAAAGCUAGAGAGCAGCAAAAUUCUAAAUCAAAUGUAGACUUAUUUAGACAUAAAGAGAGUAAGGGUCUUCAUAAUUCCGAAUCGAAAUUAGAGGUCUCUGGGGAAAGUAAUGGUGCAGCUAAAAAACUUUUAGAAACUUUACAUUCCGGCAAGCAGCAACAAGAGGACGUUAUAGAAAAGGUCUUAGACACUUCUCAGCAAUUGUACCAUUUAGAGGCGACCAUUAAUCAUGAAAUUAAAAAGUUAAAACAGCAACGAAGACUUUUGAAAGGCGACAGUUUUAGUAUGGAUGAAAAGUCGAAUAAAAGAAAGGGAAAUGAAGCCAGAAAAACGAGUACUUGGGCGGACUAUUUGGGGGAUAAUAAUUCUAAAGAAAGACAGAGAAACCCGGAAGAAAUAGCAAAGGAAAAGUAUUCCCUACAACAUCAAUGUGUUUGUACUUCGCCACGUUAUGGUAGCGAUAAGAAUUUGUCUCUUCGUCCCCGUAUGCGUAGUGUAGCUUCUCAAAUACACACACAAGAAGAAUUCUUAGAUCAGGGAGCUGUAGGAGAUUAUAGUUCCAAUGCCAACUUGAAACCGUUUAAGGAUCAAGAAGUUUCAAAUUGGAAGGGGAUUGCAAAGUGUUCGGAUACGCAAAUUCCUAAAGCAAAUGAUCAAAUUGUGAAUUGUUGUUAUGGCUUAGUGUAUCCGGCUGCUUGCCAGCAAACUCUCAAGACCUCAACCGACACAAAUGGCCAAAGAUGUCGGCAUUAUAGUUGCCAACAGAAUGAGGUUAAUGGUAAUCGGGCAUAUACCUAUUGCCGGGAUGAAUACUAUUACAAUUUGCCAAAUUAUAGUUUUAACGAAGCAUCAACAACUGGUGCAAAUCCCCAACAAUAUAGAAGACACAAUACCGAUCUUAAUACCCAAGAAUUCUAUUGUCGACGACCAGAUAAAUCUUCCAAAUCCCGCUCUAAUUCUAAAACCAACAAGAAAUCUAAACUAGGCAAAAGCAAAGAAUCUCUAGAUGAUUAUAAUGCCAAUAAAAAGAGAGCUUGUCGAGAGAAAAGAGAAAAACAACAACGCAGCAAAUCGGUAGAACAGAGAUUAAGGAAAAAUGGAAAACUUGCUCAGUUGCUGAGUGAAGAAAGUGUCACAAAAUUAAUCAAAUAUCUAGAUCGUUAUGUGGAUGAUUAUCAAAAGGAGUUUGAGUUCGAAAAUAACAAAGAAACUAAGACCAAAGAAGACUCUGAAGAAUCCUCAACAGUCCCAACGUUAAAAAUAAAAAGUCACACUAAUCUUUGUCAAGUAACAGUAAGAAAAAAGCUGGAGCAAAACAAACACCCGGCCAAUUUAACAGAUUGUGGUGAUAGCAACUCUUUGGAAACCCAAUAUUCUUGGGAAACUUUGAGAAUGUUAAAGAAAAUGACUAUAAGAGAAUAUAAGCCACCUUUAAAAGUUAAAGAGCAAAGGGAACCAACCGAAGCAAAACAUGAUAAAGAAGUAGACACUAAAAAGCUUCAGAAAGCUCAAAGAUAUCGUGAGUAUUUGGAUAAAUUUGAAAGAGAACUACAGGCUAAGAAAAGCAUACAAGUUUUAAAACCUCCACCUGAAAAUUUCCCCGAACCAGACAGUGAGGAAGUGGAGAUAUUUAAACAGCUAAAGAAAGAUCAAACAGAACCUAAAAGAAGUCCAAUUGAUACCAGCGAUCAAUGGGAGCUUUUGGGAGAAACAAAUAUUAAUUCUAGUUUAAUUAAUAAAGCCAACUUCUCGUUUGAUCAAGGUGCAACAAAUCACUUUCCCGAAAGUGAUAGUUAUGAGGAGUUAAGGUAUGAAUAUGGAGCUGCUGCCAGGGGAGAAGAUAGUUGGCUAGAUUACAAUAAAUCUAAAGAUCAAGUUGAACAAGCAAAAUACGAUCAAGAUUUGAAAGAAACAAAAGGAGAUAUAAAUUAUCAAGAUAACUGCCAGGAAAGGGAAGGAAGAAGUCGACGAAGAGAAGGAAGAGAAACUAGAUUAAGAGAUCAUCAAGCAGAAGAUCAAAGAUCUCAAAAGACAGCUAAACAAAAAGACUGCUGGAAUUAUAGAAAAUCUAGAGAUAGGGAAAGAAGAGAUGAAGAUCCCUCAGCAAGAUCAGCAGAAAUACUGGUUAGAGACUUCAAAGAACGAGUAGCAGAAGAUCAACGAGCUCAAAGGGCGCAUAAACCAAAAGACUGCUGGACUUAUAGAAAAUCUAGAGAUAAAGAAAGUAGAGAUCAAGAUCUAACAGCAAGAUCAUCUGCUAUACGCGACACAGUCUUUAAAGAAAGAGAAGCAGAAGAUCAUAGCUCUAAAAUAGAGGAUAAACCAAAAGACUUCUGUUCCACUUAUAGAAAAUCAAGAGAAAGAGCAAGAAAGGCGGAAUAUCAGGAAGUAAAAUCAUCUGCAAUACCCUACACAGACUUUAAAGAAAGAGAAACAGAAGAUCAAAGAUAUGAAAAAGAUAACUGUUUAUCGUAUAGAAAAUCUAUAGAAAGGGAAAGAAGAGCAGAAGAUCCAAGAACAGGGGAAGCAGCUUUAAUACCCGACACAGACUUUCAAAUAUUAAAAACAAAUUGUUUCGCAAAAGACUUUGACUUUUAUCGGAACUCCAAAGAUAGAGAACGAAGAAAUGAAGAUCAAAUUCCACGAUAUGUUAGAGAGAGAAGAAAAGAUCUAAAAGAAGAAUUAAAAGAAGGAAUUAAAGUUGAAGAUGUCUAUAAUGAAGAAACCUUUAGACCAUCCACAGAGAGUCCAAGGAUAACUACACAACAAACUUCUAGAUAUAAUGAUCAGACAAGAAGAACUUCUAAAGAAGCCAAGCCACAACCAAGCGAAUACUUAAGUCGGACAGCUUUGGAAAGGGUUCAAAUAGAACCAGAGUGUAGAGAACGGAGGCAACGGAGAUCACAAGAUCUAAGUUCAAAAAACUUUAAAGACAAAAGAAUGGAAUCCACUGAAAGUAUAAAACACUUUCUUGAACAUUUAAAUAAGAAAAGUUUUAGAGAGAACAACGCCAAACCAUUGAGAGAAUCGCAAUCAAAAGAAGCAGAAGAUGAAGUUUUAAGAUCAAGAAAAGUUGAGUUGAAUGAAAGAAAUCAAUCUCUGGAAUAUGACGACGAAAUCUUUGAAGAAUUAAGAGCAAAACCAGGAAAAUCUAAAGAUCAAAACUCUAGAAGAUAUUGUGAGGAUAAAAGAAGAGAAUUUGAAGAUCAAUGUUCUCGGUAUUAUGAAGUUUCCAAAAGAGAUUAUAGAGGUGAUAGACAAGCUGAAGAUAAUGAAGAAAUUCUGAGUGAUUUAAGAGAAAUUCCGCGAAAAGCUGAGGAUGAAAAUUCAAAAUAUAGAAGAGAUUCUAGAGAUCAAAGUUGUAAAUAUUAUGAAGAUCCACAUAGAAGAGAUUACGCAGAAUAUGAUGCAGAAGACUUUGAUGAAUCUACAGCAAAACCGCGAAAAGCUAAAGAUCAUGGAAGAAAUGAUUUUAAGGAUAAAAGGAGAGUCUCUGAAGAUCAGAACAAUGAUCUCAAUGAUUAUAAAGAGAGAAAAAGAGAUUUCUUAGAAGUAAAGCAGUAUCCAAAGGAAAGAGAUUUGAGAGCAUCCGAAAUUGAAGCCAAAUAUGGAGUAGAAAACCCUAAGGAAAGACAGAGGAUAGCUAAAGAUCAAAUUGACACGCCAAAUGGUAGAGAUUAUAAAGCCGAACAAAGAGAUCUUCCAGAAGUUGAACUUAUAAAAGAAAAAAUCGAGAAACACGACGAAUUAGAUGAAGAGGAACUGCACAAACACCAACAUUUGGAUUUAGAGGACAUUGCAAAUAAACCGAAAACUUCUAAGAGAUCAAAACGAGUAUCUGAGAAUAAUACAGACGAUAAAGAACCCAGGACAACAACUUCCUUGCAUAAGGAGUUCCAAUUAUAUCCUCUUAAGCAAGAACCACAAAUGCCGGAAGAAUUUUCAAAUCAACAUGAGCAAUUUUCUAAAGAACCCGAAAGUUACGUUAAGGAGGAUCCCGGAAAAAGAGAAAAGAACUCCAACAGUUCCUCCUAUAACGAUUUCAAACAAGUUAUGGAUCAUAGUUUGGGACUUUAUACCAGUCGAGCUAGUCAAACCGAUUAUCAAUUUAAACCUCAACUAAACGCACAACUUUCCUCACAAACAUUUACCAGAGAAAAGGAAACUCCCAAUGAAAAUCAAAAGGAGUAUCAGGAAACUUUAGCACAAUCAACUGAAUUACCUUUAACAACUUCUGAAGCCUUAAAAUAUUUGAAAAAUUUCCUAACAACCUAUCAGGACUCCAAUUUAGAAGGGCAAUGUGCUGAAGCAGUAACCUUGGCCGCUCAGGAGUUAAUAACAAAAUUAAGUUCCUGCAAAAGUUCUCUGCAAACUGAGACCAAUUCGAGAAUGCAACUACAAGAACCGAGAAGUUCUUUACGGGACUCAGCCAGCUUCACAGUAGAACAGAAACUAACACAAGAUACACAAUUUAAAGAUCUGGAAACUACCACAGAUAGUAGUGAUCCUCAAAUUGCAAACGCAAUAGCAACAGGUGAAGAUUCAAAAACUCUGACAGCUGAAAGUUAUAAAUCACAAAUGGAAUGGGCUGUAGGCGCUUUAAAAGAGCAGGCUAAAGAAGAUCCCUUAAUUGAAUUAAUAGAACAGGAAUCCUAUCAUUAUAAAUCACAACCUUGCGAUAUGGAACAAUGGGAAUCUAUGGAAACUUAUCAGAGAUAUGAAGAGUACAACGAUAAUUCAGCUAAUUUAAGAUCACAGCAAGAAAAAUAUGUAGAUCCAAGAGCAUCUUGCAAUACAACUAUUUUGCAAGAUAACUCUCAUUAUAUGGAAAUGCAGGAUCCAUUACCAUUAAGCUAUGGAGAGGACUGCACAGAUCCUUGUGUGCAGAGAAAAUUUACUUGUGGGUCUUUACCUGGUCCUAACAGACUACAUGCUUUUGAUCCUCAACUAAUGCCUUUGAAGGGAAUUUUGAAACCUUGUCGUACAAUAGAAGAUGCUCAAAUGGUCAGCUAUGACUUGGAAUCUCAUAGAACAACUUCGGUGGUUAGUUUUGGGCUAAAAGAAGAGGUCAAUACACAUACGGAAACAGCAAUGUCUUUUAAACAAGCAGAUGAUGAAGUGGCUCAACACUGCAAUGAAACCCAGCAAACAAUUAUAACUAAAGAUGAGUUACUGCAACAGCCCAUAACCCAGCAAACCAAAUAUCAGCUUACCAAAACUAUCAACACCAAACAUCCUCUUAAUCAAAAUAAUCAACUAGAUGCAUCAUUAUCAGCAAGUGAAUCAUAUUACCGUAAUACUUCUUCUCGUCUGUAUACUGUAGAAUUGGCAAAAUUUAAACAAUGUCCUUGUAUGUUGGAUACUUAUCUGACAAUGUUGAAUAACUACUACAAAAGCAAGAAAAAUUAAAAAAAUAAUAAUAAUUAAUAAAUGAAUUUUAGUUAAUGUUUAGUUAUUUAAAAGAAUUAUUUUUAAUUGGUUA